ACCCCCCCGCCUCUUCUUCCCCGCUCCCCGGGGAUCCCCGGCCAGCCUUGCCCCCAGGGCCCCCUCCCGCAGAGGCACCGCAGGGAAGCGCUGCCCUCCUCCACCGCGGGGUUCCCCCCUCCGCAGAGGCGGAGCGGGUAGGAGCAACAGGCGGGUCCUGCGAGCGCUUAAAGGGGAGAGGCCACCCCCCCUGCCGCCAAGGAGAAGGCGGAAGAGCCAAGGAGCAGUCCCGGCCUUGCUUGGCCCCCUCUCGGUGUUUAUAUGCACCUGGCCGGAUUACUGCUGCUCACCCUGCGGAAGAAAGCGAAGGGGCAGCAGCGGCAGCACCGUGAUCGCGGCUCGCGUUCCCCAGCCAUGUGCUCGGUGAGCGAGGCCAGCAGCACGGACCCCUUGGUGGCUCGGUUCAAACAGGUGGAGGAGACGCUGGAGAAGCUGCACCGGGAAAACAGGAGCUUGAAGAACAAAGUGCCUCGGUACAACGCGCUCUGCACCUUGUACCACGAGUCCGCUCAGCAACUGAAGCACCUCCAGCAGCAGCUGGCGGCCAAGGAAGCGACGAUCCAGGAGCUGCGCAGCAACCUGGCCCGGCAGCCGGCGGGCGGAGAGGCUGGGGCGGCGGGCCCGGAGCAGCCGGCCCGGUCGCUGGUGGAGAGCCUGCUGGAGCAGCUGGAACAGGCCAGGGAGCAGUUCCGGGACAGCCAGAGGCUUUCGGCGCGAAGAGUGGAAGCUCUGAACCAGGAAGUAGAGAAGCUGAAUCAGCAACUAGAGGAGAAAAAUGGAGAGAUACAGCAGAUGAUAAAUCAGCCUCUAUAUGAAAAGGAGAGAGAAAUCUUACAACUACAGAAGACCUUGGCAGAGAGAGAGAAGGCUCAGGCCACCAGUGACGUUUUGUGCCGUUCACUCACUGAUGAAACUCAUCAACUUCAACGCAAAUUAGCAUCCACAGCAGAAAUGUGUCAGCAUCUGGCAAAAUGUCUAGAAGAGAAGCAAAGGAAAGAGAAGAGGAAUGUAGAUGACCAGAUCCCUACCAAAAGAUCUAAUCAGCUUUUAGACAAUGAAACUUCACUUCAAACUCUUAUCUGCAACCUACAAGAUGAAAACAGGAUGUUAAAACAAAAAGUAGCUCACGUGGAAGAUUUAAACGCAAAAUGGCAGAAAUAUGAUGCAAGUAGGGAUGAGUAUGUGAAGCGACUCCACUUGCAGCUCAAGGAGAUGAAGUCACAACUGGAGCAGCAGCAAGGGGCCACUUCAGCACCAGCAAACUCUGACCUGAUGCACAAGGAGAUAUUCCGGUUAAACAAGCUCCUGGGAGAAAAAAUGAACGAGUGCAUAAAAACAAAGAGAGAAUUAGAAGAUGUAAAGAAGGCUAGUGAAGGAGAUAAUGAGCGCAUACAAAUGCUGGAGCAACAGAUCCUAGUUUAUAAAGAUGAUUUCACAUCUGAGAGAUCAGACAGAGAACGAGCACAGAGUAAAAUUCAAGAGCUUCAAGCAGAAGUUGCAUGUCUGCAACACCAGCUAGCAAGAAGACAGGACUCUAGAGACACAAGCAAUCACUUCAGAGUUCACACUGGUAACCAAAAACAUAUGCAUGUGCAGACAAAUGUUGAGCAUCUACGAGGCAAUAGCCCAGGCCAAACAGGCCUGAGAAGGACAUCUUCACAAUCUGAACAAGCUUCUCCUCCUGUGGACAGUGGAAAUCCAGGACCUGAAGGCAGGGCACAGGGUGAACUUAGAUGUCCUCAUUGUAUGACGUUUUUCAGUGAUGAACUCAGUGAUGAAUUCCUCAAGCAUGUUGCUGAAUGUUGUCAGUGACCACAUGAUGUGAGGCAUUUAAGUUGAUCACUACUUUAUAAGUAAAACUUUGCUCUAUGCAUAUCUCCUACAGUCCUAAAACAGUAAUUCAAGUGGACAGCUCUUAGGGAUUAGGAGGAUGAACAGUACCUACCUCUUAUUUGAUUUUACCUUCUCUUGGACUGUAUGAAAGACUUCAAGAUAUGGCAAGGUAUCUUUAUGAACAAUUACUUUUGACAACCACAAGGAAGCAAGCAUAAUGGAAAUUCUACUACAAGCUAAACUGAAACCUAAGAGUGGUAGUUAGCUUCAGAGUGCAGCUUGACUUGUAGUCAAGCAUAAUUCUUUACAGAAGUCUGAAGACUUGCGAAAAAACCUACUGAACUUGAAAUUUUCCUCCUCUUCCAAAAAUGUAGGCUGAAGAACAAGGGAGGAGCAUUUUGGCAGAAGAUAAAAAAAAAAUCUCAUUGUGCUUUAUCUGGAUUAAAAGUGAAAAUUCUUUCUUGUCUGUUGAGGUUGAACUUUCAGAAAUUUAAUCUGAAAAUCAUUGUGUUCCACUGAAAUCAGAAGAAGAAAACAAAAGGUCUGGUUAAUGACUAAAACUAGCCUGUCUUUUUGCACAGAAACCAUGUACAGGAAUAUUUAUUUUUUCUGUGCUGUAAGUAACUCCUGUACACACUUGUAAAUGUGUAUUUGUGUAAUUAUGGACUGUAUUUCUAUUUUACCUAAGAUUUAUUUUUAUAAUAAAAGUGAUUGUGCAGUUGCUUUACUACUUUA